AUGCUCAGGUUAGGUUCUGUUUCCUUCCAAGACCGAGUUUCUCAGUACACGCACGUUACAAUGGCUCCCGGCAUAUUGACGAAUGGUUGGAACGGCGAUGUGUCAGUGCGGACGAAGGCCUCUCGGAAGAGCUUUCCAUACGAGAACCUUCGCUUUGAUCCAAAGCUACAGCCCAAGAAGUAUGAGAUUGCAGGGACGCCAAGAUCUUCCAAGGUCCUUUUCCUGGAUGUGAAUAUUCUGGACUCCACUGGAGAUGAACCAUACAGAGGAGAUGUGUACAUUGAAGGCGAACGUAUUGUCGCUGUGGGUAAGGUGCCUCAGGUUGACAAGCUACGAAAAAGCACCGAUGUGAAAGUCAUCAACGGACACGGUCGAACCUUGAUGUCAGGUCUAGGUGAUGCUCAUGCCCAUCUAACCUGGAAUGACAACGCCCUUGAACUCCUGGGCGACGUGAGUGUAGAAGAGCAUACUCUGAUCACCAUCAAAUCGGCGAAAUGCUACCUUGACUCGGGAUAUACUAUGGCCUAUGGAGCGGCUUCAGCAAAAGACAGGCUCGACGUGGUGAUUCGAGAUGCAAUCAACAAUGGGGACAUUCCCGGGCCUCGAUAUCUGGCAAAUGGCAGAGAAAUCGCGAGGAGAGAUGGCGAACUUGCGGCUGGUAUAACGGCAUUCGCCGAUGGCCCUCUGGAGAUGCGUGAACUCAUCAGACAUCACGCCAAACUCGGUGUUGAUCAAAUAAAAUUGAGUAUGUCAGGAGAAGCAAUCACCGAGGUGCGGUCUGCAGAAGAAUGUUUCUUCACCGACGAAGAGACAGCUGCAUGUGUUGACGAAGCACAUCGUCAUGGCUUGCGGGUAUGCUCACAUGCUCGAGCUCGUGAUUCUGUUAUCCAAUGUGUCAAGCACGGUGUUGACGUGAUCUACCACGCCUCCUACACCGAUGCGGUUGGCAUGGACAUGCUCGAAAAGGCAAAACACAAACAUGUUGUGGCGCCCGCUAUCAACUGGUUAUAUACGACUGUUCAUGAAGCAGAACCAUUCGGAUAUACUUUCGAGAAAGCAGAACAAGUGGGCUACAAGCGCGAACUUGACAUUGCGAUAGAUGCCUUGAAGGAGAUGCACAAGCGAGGAAUCACCGUUCUUCCUGGCGGUGACUACGGAUUUGCGUGGUGUCCUCACGGCACGUACGCUCGUGACCUUGAACACUUCGUCAAACUGUUGGACUUUACGCCCAUGGAAUCCAUCAUUGCCGCCACCGCUGGUAUGGCCAAGCUAUUCAUGCAGGAGAACGAAUUGGGCAAGAUCCAGCCGGGGUUUUAUGCUGAUUGUAUCCUUGUCGACGGCGACCCAUUGAAAGACAUUGCAGUCCUACAGGAUCACGACAAACUCAAUGUGAUCAUGAUCAAUGGCCGGCUUCACAAGUCUGCAGCGUCGGACUUUGCGCAGCCAGAAGAGCCACUUUCGACGCCCGUUCAACCAAAGGUGCAUUACAAUUUCGUGACAUUCCAGGACAGCCUGGGCAGACCACGAGUGGGCCAUCUCGAUUUCGAAACCUCCACCAUCUGCAGUCUAACCAUGUCCUCGGGUUCUGCCUUAAGCAGUCUACAGCAGGUGAUUGAGCUGGACAACGAUGUUGUGCGGACGGAGGAGUCGUUCCCGCUGGCCACGACUAAACUGCUAGCACCGAUCUACGAUCGCGAUAUUCUUUGCGUUGGCAGCAAUUACUCGGACCAUGCCAAAGAGUUUCGCGAGAGCGGGUAUGACAGGACUGGCCUGCAGCAAAAAGCGGAGUUCCCGACUAUCUUCACCAAACGCAAGACAAGCAUAAUUGGGGCUGACGAGGAUAUCUACGCACAUCCUGGAUUUACCGAGUCACUGGAUUACGAAGGUGAGGUUGGAAUCAUCAUCGGCAAGACUGGAUUUGCCAUCAGCGAGGCAAAUGCCAUGGAUUAUGUAUGGGGAUAUACGAUCAUCAAUGAUGUGACGGCGCGCGAGAAACAGCGCGAUCAUGGCCAAUUUUUCAUGGGCAAAUCGCCCGACACUUUUUGUCCCAUGGGCCCCGUCGCUGUACCAGCAUCCGCGCUGCCCGAAACACUCCGUGUGCAAACAUACGUCAAUGGAGAGAAACGCCAGGACGGAACGACGGAUAUGCUCAUCACGUCGAUCCCCAAGCUCAUUGAGAUCAUUUCGGCGGGCUUGACGCUCCAACCGGGCGACGUGAUCGCGACAGGAACGCCGGCCGGUGUGGGCGUCGGUAUGAAACCUGAGCCCAAGUUCCUCAAGGCUGGUGAUCUCGUUGAGAUUUCUGUGACAGGUCUGGGGACGCUGAGUAAUCGCGUGUCCGAUAAGAAGCCGGCCACACUCACGACGCAACCCACGUCGAGUCUGCCGCAGUACAAUCUUGAGCGAAGUUGGGGUGGAGCGGGUCUGAGUCGGGUCGGCGAGAAACUCGUCAAUGUGCGCGAACUUGGCAAUAGCAAGGGUCCUGAGACUGUGGUAUUUGUGCACGGUCUAGGGUCGUCGAUGGAGUAUUACAUGCCCUUGGUGCAGGCGAUGAAACUUGAUGAGAAGUAUCGGGUUGUUCUGUACGACUUUGAGGGUCAUGGGUUGACGCCGACGGCGGGCGCCGCCAGCACGACGAUUGAAAGUCUGGUGGAAGACCUGGAGAAUCUGUUUGUCGCGAAAAGCAUAACCAAGGCGGUGGUGGUGGGAUGGUCUAUUGGAGGACUGAUCGCGAUGCUCUUUGCUCAGCAUAACCCUUCGGCCGUGGAGAAAUUGGUGUUGCUUGGUCCGGGACCGAAUCCGUUUCCUGAUCCGGCUGUGGAAGUCUUCACGAAGCGCGCUGCUGCUGUGAGGGCGCAAGGGAUGGACGCUUCGGGUGUGGCGAGUGCUGUGGUCGGGGCUGCGACGUCGCCGCGGACGCAGAGUGAACGGCCCGUUGCUUUGGCUGCAGUGAGACAGGCUUUGGUGGCGACGCAUCCUGAGGGAUAUGCGAAGGGAUGUUUAGCUCUUGCUAGGUCGAAGAAUACGACUAUUCGGGUCGAACAGCUCAGGAUGCCCGUGUUGUUGGUGGCUGGGAUGGAUGAUAAGAUUUCGCCGAUGGGGUUGAAUGAGGCGUACCUCAAGAGGUUGUCGGACGGAAGACUGGAGAAGGUUGAGGGGGUGGGGCAUUGGCAUGUUCUUGAGGAUGUACAUGCUACUGCGAGGGCGGUUGGGAGGUUUCUGUGA